CCUCGCAAACGGCUCAUCAGUAUGCUCAUUUUGAAGUAGGCAAAUGACUAGCGAGUGCAUUUCAUGAUUGGCAAUCGACUCAACGAUUUUCUUGCUUUAUCUAGACGUGUGAACUUGGAUGAUGUGCAGAACAUCCAGCAGUCGUGCGAGCCGGUUGGUUUAUUUUGCGGUGCACCAGAGUGCAAACAUUAAGAGCAGACCAUUGCGAAGUCAGUCGGUGGGCCGUCUCUGUGCCAGCAACACAGCAACACAUGCUCAGUUCGAGGUCCGCCCGUCCGCCGUCCGCAGUCUAUCCGUCCUCCCAGUCCCUCUGGUUUGGUUUGGCUUGGUCGUCGGACUGGUCCGGGUGCGAGCAUGAGUAUCGUGCGCCCAGAGCUUUGUGUUCGUGGAUCCGCAACCAGUUUGCUGGCACCAAUCGUCCUUUGCGCUUGUGCACGUCGCUCUGGUGCGUGUGGGGCGGUCCGCGUUCCGCGCUCGAAAUCGCAAUCUCAACAAAACUGGAGCGAAAUCAGUUCCGAAUUCGGGGCGAUAGUUUUCCAGUUGUGUGCAGUGUCCGAAAAUAUAUAUAGUAUGCGCGGACCUACGGGAAACCUGGACGAACGGCAAGUUCCAUACUAAAGAAAGUCGUUUCGGUCGCAGUUUGCACUGUUUAAAAUAGCUAACAAAAUAAAUAAGUACUAUUUUACCGGCUCCACGCCACACUCUCACUCUCGGUGCCGACCGAUCUCCGCUCCGCUCCGAGUGCUAUUUCUCUCACAUCGCUUGCAUAACCGAGAGCAAAAACAGCACACCUCGCGGAGGCAGAUUGCAGAUGCAGAUGCAGAUACAGAUCCGCGCCUAGUAGUGAACCUGCAGAUGCUCUGGCGAGCGCAUGCAAUUGGCAUUGUCUCCGAUGUUCUCAAAUUAAUACUAAAACAGCAAAUAAUGAAUAAACAGCAAAGUGAAACAUAAAUUUCUCAAUAUUCUAUAGACACACUUAAACAGUAAUACUAAAAUCUAUCAAUCUAUCAACUUGGUAUAUAAAAUUUCUAAAUAACUAAAUGUUUGUCAGAAAAAACGUCUAUAUGCUCAAUAACUUAAAAUCCCUGAGAAUAAACUUUAAACUCUAGGUAUUUGACCCCAGAAAAUGCUUCAAAAAUUAGCUUGAAGCGAACAUUAAACAUAGACUUUCGAACACUUAUAUAGGAUACCAGAAACUGAAGACAUGGUUUCGGAGGAGAACUGGAAUAGCGACACUAUGUCCGACUCGGACAUGAUCGACUCGAAGAAUGACGUAUGUGGCGGCGCCUCCAGCUCCAGUGGGAGCUCCAUCUCGCCCAGGACGCCGCCGAACUGUGCCCGCUGCCGCAAUCACGGCCUGAAGAUCACCCUGAAGGGACACAAGCGGUACUGCAAGUUCCGCUACUGCACUUGCGAGAAGUGCCGACUGACGGCGGACCGCCAGAGGGUGAUGGCCUUGCAAACGGCCUUGAGACGGGCCCAGGCGCAGGACGAGCAGCGGGCACUGCAUAUGCACGAGGUGCCGCCCUCCGGCACGGCCCCCACCACAUUGUUGGGUCACCACCACCAUGGCGCUGCCCCUGCCCACGUCCACGCCCACCACGUGCACGCCCAUCACGCCCACGGACACCACUCGCAUCACGGUCAUGUCCUGCACCACCAGCAGGCAGCAGCGGCUGCAGCCGCCGCCGCAGCAGCCCCGACGGCCCCGGCCUCCCAUCUGGGUGGCUCUGCCACGGCGGCCUCCAGCCUCCAUGGCCACGCCCAUGCCCACCACGUCCACAUGGCCGCGGCCGCAGCCGCCUCAGCGGCCCAGCACCAGCACCAGAGCCACCCACACGCGCACCACCACCACCAGCACCACCUCCAGCACCCGCAGCAGCAGCCGCCCCCGCAGCAGACGGCUCUGCGGUCUCCGCCGCACAGCGAGCACGGCGGCAGUGUGGGUCCGGCCAGCAGCAGCUCGGGCGGUGCGGCGGCCAGCUCGAGCAACGCCGCAGCGGCCACCUCGAGCAGCGGACCCAGCAACGGCGCAGGACCUAGCAACGGCGGCACCAGCUCCGGAAGCGGAGCAGCGGGAGGAAGGUCCUCGGGCACAUCGGUGAUCACCAGCGCCGACCACAUGACUACUGUGCCAACGCCCGCACAGUCGCUGGAGGGCUCCUGCGACUCGUCCUCGCCCUCGCCAUCGUCCACUUCCGGCGCCGCCAUUUUGCCGAUCUCAGUUUCCGUCAACCGCAAGAACGGCGCCAACGUGCCCUUGGGCCAAGACGUUUUCCUAGACUAUUGCCAAAAGCUACUAGAGAAAUUCCGCUAUCCGUGGGAGCUUAUGCCGCUCAUGUAUGUGAUAUUGAAGGAUGCAGACGCCAACAUCGAAGAGGCUUCCCGGCGUAUUGAAGAAGGCCAAUACGUUGUGAAUGAGUACUCCCGUCAGCAUAAUUUGAAUAUCUAUGACGGGGGUGAGCUACGCAACACAACGCGGCAAUGUGGAUGAUAAUUUUUCAUUAACUAAAGUAACUAAUAUUGCCCUGAUAUUAAUUGUUCAGCUUCACAAAUUAGCCUAAAGCUUCGGUGAAAUCGCGCGAAUUUAAUUUUCGUAUCUUAAAGUUGAGUAACUUAGGGUUUUAAGAAGGAAUCCUCUGUACAUAUAUCGAAUUUAUCGGUAAGCUAAAGCGCAACUUGGACUAUCUUCAAUCAACAAGCCAAAUAUGUCGAUUAUGCCGCCGGUCCUCACGUCGCUUUUCUUCAAUCAACAUUACCCCAUGAUGAGAAGUCUGGCCGCCAGUCAUCAAUCAACAUUCUCUUCUCUUCAAUCAACAAUCCCUCAAUGGAUCAUUUUGCAACAAAACGCUUGCCGCCAACGAACUUAAAUAAUCAAAAUACCUAUUUAAAGUUUUCCACCGUUUUCGAAAAUGCCAAUGCCAAAUCAACGAUCAACAUUUCAACACGUUCGCAUCACAAAUCCGCACAUUGGUUGUAUAGUUUAGUUUAGUUUCACUUUAUUUAAGUCUUGCUUUACACAGUUAACCGUCUAAGCGCCACACAUCAGUCAUUUAUUUUAUUUUUCAGUUACUUAAUAGCUUAAAUGAAUCCAAGUACAAAUUAUGUUUUUUUUUACUUGCACUCAAAGGGGUCGAGAAGAAAACUACGUGUAGACUCAUUCAAAAUCUCAAAUUUCUUCUCUUCGUGUGAAUUUUAUUCCUAAACAAAGUACUUGGAAAGAAACCCUUGAAAUAAUGAAUACAGAUUUUCUGUGGGUCUCGGUGUCAAAUUGUUGUUAGAUGGUGCACAAAUUAAAUAUAUAUUUAGGUUAACUUUAUCGAUGUCUUGCAAAACUCUAAUUGUAAUUUUUAAUAACAACAAUAUUUCUCAUUCACAUUGUAAAAUAUUGUUACCAACUUAAGUAAAAUUUAGCCCAACGAAUAUUAUAAAAAGAAUAAACCUGAAAUGUCAAAAAUAAACUAUUUUCCUUAAACAAAAUUAGUGUUGAUAAGAAUAGCUCAACGUUUAAUAACGAAAUGGAACCCGAAAAACCCCGGAAAUCGGGGAAUCACUAAAGUGGAAGCAUCAGCUGUUGUUUGUUUUGUUGAUGACAUUAAAAAUUGUAAAGAUUGCUUUUCAAGUUGUUGGCAUUUCACGAAUCCAUUACCAUUGCACAUCCCAGCACCUUCAGAUGAAGUUUGCCGGGUCCGGGCAGAGCCCGGAGUUGGGAGUUACUUGUGUCGCCACUGCUGCUGGGAUCGUAAAUGCAUCAUUAAACCGAAAAAUGCAAGCAAAAAAUUUACGACAUUGCCAGCACCGCUGCUCCAAGGCCUGCACUUAGAAAAUAUUUUGAGGGAAAUUGCAUAUACUCAGCCGCCCAAAUUAUUUUUUGCCUUACCAACAUUUUUUCAAAUUAUAGAGCUGUAAAUGGAUUUGAGACAUAAUAAUGAGCACCUUACAAAGUUAAUAUGACAUGUGUCAAAAUAAAGGUCAAACAUUUUUUUAAUUCUUACUAGAUUCAUUCGAAGCCAAUUAAAUUUAUUUGCUUAUUAACGUUAAUAAUUUUUUAAGCAAAGUUAAAUUUGAAAUAAAGCGAUUGCUCAAAAAAAUUUUUGUAAGUGUGUGAGUCAAAAUCCAGGAUGCGGUUUAAGCUUUUCCAGCUGUGGAUACACAGCUCUAGUACGCAACCAGGUAGCUGCCUUACUCCGGCCCUAACAGCUUAACAUUGCUUCUCAGCACUAAACACGUCACGAUGAAGUUGCAGGAAUCGCAUUGGGACUGGGGCGGAGAAUUUUUGGAUACUGUGGGUAGGCAAUGGCGACGUGUAAAUGUGGACACUAUAAAGCUUAAAAGUGUUUAUGGUCCAAUUGUGAGCGAUGUAAACAAAGAAUCCGAUAUGUGAGAGGGUUUGAUGCCAAAGAAUUGAGUUUUAUUGAAAUAUUUAAGCUCCGUUUUGUUUUAUGCGCAGAAGAAACUAAUAUGAAAUAUUCCAUCAAAUAAUAUGAGCAUCAACACAAUGAAAACGUUUUUCUUUAAAGAAAGACAAGAAAUUCCUAGAUUUAAUAAUCUAACUUAAACAAAAGACUUAAUUCUGAACGGGAAGUCAAAUUUCUUAAAAUAACAUACAAGUGUGAAAUUCUAAAUCUCAUUUAUAAUUUUUGUAUCCGAGGUACUAUAGAAAUCUCUUGCAUCAACGUUCCAACCUAAUCUUUAUGACCUUUAGUUUUGCAGAGAUUUCUUUAACUAAUAUAUAAGAUCGCUUAAAGUAGCCAAUACAUUUAGUGAAGUAAGCUUUUAGAUCAAGUUUAAGUAUAAGUUGUUAUUAUUGUGCUAUAUUUGAUUAAGCUCGUUUAAAAAACAAUUUUGAAUUGAAAAAUGAAAAAAUAGUAAGUAAAUUUCUCUAUUUUAUCAAUAUCCUUCCCAAUUAAUAAGCAGAGAUCUGAAAAACUGGGUUUUAUAAUUUUAUUGUAUCAUAUUAAAUUUACCAAUGGAAAUCAAAAAGAGCUAUAUCUAUCCAAUAAGUAAAAAGUAAUCAAAAACACAU